AUGGCGGACCAGGGAGGUCAAGCAUCUACAGAGAAGUCAUUCAAAUUAUUGUGGAUCCUUGAUGUGAAAAAGACACCAUGUGCACGCGAUUCGUUAUUGUAUGGUUCAGUUGGAUCGUUGGUGGUUGGAGUUGGAAAUUUUCUUGCAACAAGCAGAGUGAGGCGCUCCUGUGAUAUAGCUGUUGGAGGAUUUAUUCUUACCACUCUUGGUUCCUGGGUGUACUGUAGAUACAACCAUGCAAAAUUAAGGAUACAGCAAAGAAUGGUACAAGAAGGCAUUAAAAAUCAGGUCAUGUUUGAAGGUAGCACUAUGGAUCCAAACCUCAGGAACAGACAAAGUGAUUCCAACCAGUAA